AUGAAGUUGUCAACAUUUACAAAUGCUGCUGUAGUUGCAAUCUUGGCCUCCAAUAAUGUUGUUGAGGCUGGCAAAAUUAUUCCAUCGAUUAAGUCAAAGAUUAAGUCCAAGCUCCUUCCCCAACAACCAGAGGAGACUUCCGAGUGUCCAGAUUUUGAAGAGACAUCUUUGGAGUCUGUCAUUACCACCACUAUUGUUGAAACUUCUGAGGAUUGUACAACUACAGAAGUUGAGACAAGUGAAGAAUGCACCUUUGAAUCAACUGAAAAGUCUUCAGAGGAGCAUACUUGGAAACCAACCUGGAAACCAACUUGGACACCAUCUUGGAUAACAAAACCUACUCAUAAGCCAAAGGAAUCCACUUCUACAAUUACUGAAGUUGAAACUACUGUAAUUACUGUUAUUUCAUGUGAAGAAGAGAGUUGCGCAAGCAUUGUAAAGACUACAGGUGUUACCACUGUGACUGAAGAACAUACAGUUUACACCACAUUUUGCCCAAUUCCAGAAACUAAACCUGUUCCCGAAGAAGAGACUACCACUAUUCGCUCAGAAAUUACGGUAUCUACAACCAUUUGUCCGCCUACCGAGACCCCAGAAGUUUCCGAAGUUCCAAUAGUGCCAGAAACUUCAGAAGUGCCAAUAGUGCCAGAAACUUCAGAAGUGCCAAAAGUUCCCGAAGUUUCAGAAGUGCCAAAGGUGCCAGAAACUUCAGAAGUGCCAAAAGUUUCAAAACCAUCUACUGAAGUUGCUCCCCCAACAAUAGAAAAACCCAAAAUAUCUGCUCCCACCUCUGAAACAUUGCCUCGUGUUUCAAUUACUGUUCCCGUUUCGGUUUCAAAACCUCCUCCAGAGGCUUCAAAACCUACUCCAGAGGCUUCCAAACCUGCUACCAAGGCUCCUGCACCUUCAGCACCAAUUCCCGCAUCAAACAUUACUCGACCAACUUCUAUUUACGAAGGUGCAGGAUCAUUUGUCAACCCUGCUAGUGCCUUGGUUGUUGCUGCUUUGAUUUACUUUAUGUAG